AUGGCGCCCCUAUGCUCAGACCCGCGCCAGAUCGUGGUAAAUUUCAUUCCCGCCCGCCGUCGUGCCCUACUCGAGCUCGUCGACGACAUCACCAACCACAUGCUCGAGGAGCUGCAGGUCGCACCCGACGAACUAGGUCCCGUCUCGACAGGCGAGUCCACGCCUUCGUCCCGCGGGAACAGUGGCGCCACCACGCCCUGCGAUACGCCGCCCCUUCCGGGAAACGAGUUCCAGCCUCCCUCUCGCUCGUCCACCCAGCCUAUCCAGGACGAGAAGCCGAAGCGAACCGAGACCGACCCUAGAUCCCCCGCCCAGGAAGGUUGGGGGGGAGGGGCAAAGUUCGACGUAGGCUCCAAGCUCAAGGGUCUGGUGCCCAAACCUGCCCAGGACGCCCUGCGGAUUCAGAAUGCCGCUGUCAAGCACCUCGAGGACUGGAAGAAGGAGUUCAUGCCCAAGCUUCGGGAGAUCGUCAUGGUCGACGACGACGACAAGAUCAGGGCGGAGCGUAAGAAGCGUGCAGAUGCCAUGGCACGGACGGAGGAACGACAGGCUGCCCAGGGCGGCGGCAGCAGCAAGCAGCCCUACCAGGUCCCCGACGGCGACGGAGACGUCCAGCUCGACAGGUCCGAGGACUUCUUCGCCCUGCAGAUGCUGUACGCUCCCGUGCCCACGAGGCUCACCACCGUGCCGCUGAGGGACCGCCAAGAGGCCGUCAGCUGUAUCCUGCUGCUGCUGCUGUCUACGGGAAAAUACUCGGCCCACUCGCGCACCCUGGCCCUCUACCUGUCUGCCUCCCUCGAGCUCUCCCAGUCCUUCCUCAUCCACGAGGAGAUGGAGAUUGCCCAGACCCUGAUCGAGUCGUCCAAGGCCGGAGAAGACCAGAGGCAGGCGUCCAUGUCGGCCGAGGCAGAGGCCGCCAAGCGCCGCGAGGCUAACAAGGUUGGUCGUUUCCUCAAGGUCGGCUUGGCCUCUGUCGUCGGCGCCACCGUCAUCGGUGUUACCGGAGGCCUUGCUGCCCCUCUCGUUGCGGGUGCCCUGGGUGGCGUGCUCGGCGGUAUCGGGCUCGGCGGUGUGGCCAGCUUCCUGGGGAUCUUCUGGAUGAAUGGCGCGCUGGUCGGCACACUGUUUGGUGCGUUCGGCGCAAAGAUGACAGGUGAGAUGAUGGACAGCUACGCCAAAGAAGUCGAAGACUUCAAGUUCAUACCGCUCCAGGACAGCCUCACAGGCAAGGAUGUCGGACACGGGAAGGGCGACCAGCUGAACCGGCGACUGCGCAUCACCAUCGGCAUCAACGGCUGGCUCGGAACGGAGGAGGACAUCACGAAGCCGUGGCGCGUCUUCAGCACCGAGACGGAGGUGUUUGCCCUGCGGUACGAGGUCAAGACGCUGCUGACGGUGGGGACGGCCUUUAGCGACCUCAUCAAGUCCGCAGCGUGGAACGCUCUCCGGUACCAGGUCAUCCGGCACACGGUGUUUGCGACGCUCAUGGCAGCCCUGUGGCCCAUCUCGGUCCUCACGGCCGCCUCCCGCGUCGACAACCCGUUCAGCCGGGGCCUCAACCGCUCCCGCAAGGCAGGCCACCUGCUGGCCGACGCCCUCAUCAACCGAGUCCAGGGCGAGCGUCCCGUCACGCUGGUGGGCUACUCCCUGGGGGCUGCCACCAUCCACGCCUGCCUCCAGUCGCUCGCCAAGCGCCGCGCCUUCGGGCUGGUCGACACCGUCGUCAUCAUCGGCGCGCCCGCACCCUCCAGCCCGGCGCACUGGCGCACCCUGCGCACCGUCGUAUCGGGCAAGGUCUUCAACGUCUACUCGGAGAACGACAUGAUCCUCGGCCUCGUCUACCGCGCCUACAGCAUGUCCAUGGGCGUUGCGGGACUCCAGCCCAUCCGCGGCGUCGACGGCGUCGAGAACCUCGACCUGAGCGCCUGCGUGAGCGGACACAUGCGCUACCCCGAGCUCACGGGCGAGAUCCUCCGCAAGUGCGCCUUUGCGGGCAUCGACGCCGGCGACGAGAUCCCCAUGGACGACGUCAUGGUCCUCAAGGACGACUAUGCACACGGCAAGAUCCACGACGAGGAUAUCGACGACAAGAUGUACGACCAGGAUGCCAAGGAACUACCCCACACCGAUCUGAUCCCCGGACUGGCAGACGGGGAGUCAGAUCCCAACAACGCACCGUCAGAUCAAGAAACGGGUCCUCAGCUACCACCGAGACCUGCAGCAGCAGCAGCUGCUGCUGCUGCUGCCACCCCUCCUGCUGCCGAGGUGAAACCACCACUUCCUCGCCGCCCAACAGCGGAAGUGAUGGGCUCUGCGCCCAGUCCCCGGCUACCCAGGAGGCCUACCGCGGCCGCGGCACCAACAGCACCGGCAAACCCUCCCCUACCUCGCCGCCCGACAGCAGAGAUGGCGGCAACGGACGGCCAAGUGCCAGACAGACCACCACCCCCGUAUGAGUCCUUGUCCACACCUGCCGCCGUCCCCUCUAGAAGACCGGUCCCCCCCCGCCGCGUGGAUACGAGUACAAGGACCAUCAGUGAGCCUGCUCGUCCGAGGACGCCAGAUGAGGAUGAUGACGGUGGCCCGAUAAUGAUGAUUGACAGGGAUUAUAGUCCUUAG